AUGUCUAACGCUAUCGUCUGGGCCGCAAAAUGUGUACGCGAAGACGGCGAAAAAGAUGCUGGAGAGCUUUUUCUUCAAUGGCGCAAGGUUGAUGCCAACAGAGGCCAAUGCACUACGAGCGAGAAACUCUUCAACGUAUUGCGGAAGUAUUACCUAGAAGCAAGUUCACACAAACAAUGGCAUGUGUUGAGCCUUAGAGCCAUCACAGCUAUCCACAACAAGAGGAAGUCAACUAGAAGGCACACGACCACAUUUUGGAACAAAGUGGAAGAAAAGAUCGCCGAUAUCCCUCCCAUGGUUAAGAAAUAG